GUGUAGUGAGUUGUAGCGAAAUGAACUGGCGUAGACUCAUCCUGUCCAGUUCCUGUGGUUCCUGUGGUUCUGUGAUUGGUGGUUUCAGACCCCCCGCAGGCAGCGGCUCAGGACGCUGCACGGUCGAGGCUGCUUAGGUUGGCACAGGUGUGGGCGCAUCCUCCUCGUGGAGUCCUCCGAGUUUUCAGGCCAAGGUCCUUCGCUGUGUUCACCUCCAGCUCAUCUGCUCUAAAUCCUGACCACGGCUUCCGCUCCCCUCUCUCCUCCCCGGCUCGCUUUACUUUCUGUUGCCUCUUUUGCUCGGAUGCUUUCGGCCAAAUAAUGUCGCGUCCUCUCCUCUUAUUCAUCCCUCCUGCCUUCUCUUGGUGACUUUCGUUCCUGAGAGGCUUAGAGGUGAUGUCAGUCUGCAGAUUGUGACAGAUUAGCGGGAAUUAAACCCUUUGUCCCUCAUGUGGAUCCUAUCUAACCAAUUCAAUUGGCUCAUUACUUUCUGGGUGAGGGAGCUGAGGGGCCUGUCUCACAACGCUAAAAUGGGAUUGUUAUCACAGCUCUAACAGGGAGUCUGAAUCCCUUUUCCACCCAGUCUCGAUUCCAAGUUCACAAUAGCUUUUUCGGCGGAGGAUUUUUAGGGCUGAUGUGAGCACAAUGCUCGAACGGAGAACGAGGUGAAUCCAUUCGGAGGCGGCCGCAUGUGUUUGGCUGGCAGUCUACGGGGGAGAUGAGGUAACUGUCCGUGGUGCUGAACCCGUCCGCCGAAGCCACUCAGGCGCACUCAUUUCUGCAGUAUUGCAACUCUAAUUGAUUUGCACUUAUUCACCGCCGCCUUGGCACAUCCUCCAGCUGCUGGAAAGUGUGAUUGUUCAUCCCAGAGCCCCGCUCCUCUCUGCAUCCUGGUCAGCCUCGCCUUCUGUGUCAUUUCAAUGAGCACAUGCAGCAGCCGUGCGCUGACCAUUCUGUCCACGGUGUUUGGAGCCUGCGGGCUGCUGCUGGUGGGGGUGGCCGUGUCCACAGACUACUGGCUGAUCAUGGUGGAGGGCAUCAUCCUGCAGACGAACCAGAGCACGGAGGUGAAGAUGGCGCUGCACUCGGGCCUGUGGAGGGUCUGCUUCGUGGCCGGAUCUGAAAACGGGAGAUGUGUUGCAUCCGAGUACUUCACUGAACCCGAAAUAGAGAUCACCACAGAGAACACGGCAAACAUCCUCAAGAUGGUGCGCACGGCCACGCCCUUUCCGAUGGUGUCGCUGCUUUUCGUCUUCACCGCCUUCGUCAUCAGUAACAUCGGGCACAUCCGGCCUCAGCGCACCAUCCUGGCCUUCGUGUCGGGCAUCUUCUUCAUCCUCUCAGGCCUCAGUCUGGUGGUGGGCCUGGUGCUCUACAUCUCCAGCAUUAAUGAUGAGGUGAUGAACCGGCCCAGGGAGCCUGAGCAGUUCUUCAACUACCACUACGGCUGGUCCUUCGCCUUCGCUGCAUCUUCCUUCUUACUCAAAGAGGGGGCCGGGGUGAUGUCAGUCUAUCUGUUCAUGAAGCGAUACGCUGAGGAAGAGAUGUACCGCCCCCAUCCUGCUCUCUACCACCCCCGCCUGUCCGAAAGCAGCGACUACAGCGGCCAGUUUCUCCACCCAGAAUCCUCCUGGCCUCCACCCAAGCGGGGCUGCAGCACCUCCGAGGCCUCCAGCGACAUCUCCAUCCAGCUCAACCAGGCGCCCCCGGCGCCGCCGAAGGGCGGCCUGCAGCCUGGCGCUCAGGGCAGCCCCCCCUCCUCAGCGGGAAGCUACCCGAUGCCCCAGCAGCCCGCCGGCUACCCGUCCACGCACACGCUGCCCCGGUCGCACUCCUCGCACCCGCAGGGCCAGGUCCUGCCCAUGGCCAUGCCCCCGUCGCCCGUCCCCCCCCCUCACUAUCACGCACAUAUGCACAUGAGCGCCUCCCCCUGUUAGGAAGGGGGAGCAGGGGGGACUCUGUACGUUUAGAGUUGGAUGAGAGUAGACGCAGCUCAUGUGUGAUCGCAGGGAAUGAGAGGUGGCAUGAAAAUUGAUGGGAUGUCUGACGAUACCUUUGGAACGAUAUGAAUCAACGAAGGAGUCUGAAAGCGGGGAAUUUCUACUAUUUUACACACAACUAAACAAUGAGAGGAGAAAAUAAUGAAUUUAAUUUAGACUGAGGGGAAGAAAGUGUUUCCUAGAAAGACUUAGGUUGGCUUGAGUGACAGUGGUGAUACGGGGGAGGCGGGAGGGGGGAGGCAGGGAGAGCAGGGGCUGCGGUACAAUUCGAAGAUACUGCAGUGCUGCAGAAGAUUUGUAUGCACUUGGAAAUGUACAGUGCAAAAAACAGCGUGAUGACAGAGACGGUGGAUGCAUCUACUUCUGUACAUACACAUUCAAGACGUCUCCAUUCUACAUCAUCAAUCCACCUUCAGAAGUCACAAUGUCAACGUAGUAUUGCAGUUACUAUUUAAAACAAGUUAGGAACCAGUAAUUAUGGAAUGAGAGAACUAUAAAUUUUACGUGGAUGAUGUUCUGGAAUGUGAUGAAGGAAAACAACUUUAUCUUUUACAUAUUGCAUCAACGGAAACGCACACUUUUAACUUAUUGUACAUAAAAGUGCACAUGAGGACUGACGUGACGCCGUUGUAAACCGUGAAUGAAGGUUCACACAUAGUGACAUUCAUGAAGGCCUGACUCAUCUGCUUUGUAGCAGUCUGUGCAACAGGCCUCAGUGCGACCACCAACCCACCCUCUGGAUGCAGUGGCUGCUGGUUUGACGGAGGCACCACCCAAUGAUGACGCGGGGCUGUGAUGCCCUCUACUGGCCACCGUUCGAAACUGGCCCCAGAACAGCUUUUGGUUCGGUUCCCAGUCUUUUCAUCCCUGUGUGCCAGUCGAUGGCGCAGCGCUGACGCGUCGCACUGAAAACAACGGCUUUGCAGUGAAUGUCGGGAGCAACAGAAGAGAGACUUUUAGUAGUAUUUAAGGCGUUAAUGCUGUUUUAUUUCUGGGGGAAAACUAUUCAUUUGCACUUUCUAACAGCAUUUGCAUCUGGCAUUUCUUGUGUUUAGAGCUGCAACUAGUUAUUACUCUAUGAGUUUACUGUUUGAUUGGUUAGUUUCAUUUUGCAUAUAAACCAUUUAUAAGAAACACAUAAAAGUAAUUUAAAACGUUUUCAUAGAAAACAACAUCCUUAUGUUGCUUAAAGCUACAUUCUAAUGGUUGACAAACCAUUCAUUUCAUCACUGUUUACACAGUAACUGUGAAAGAGAAGGUCUUUAAGUGAUAAUUCUGCAUUUAAUCACAACCUUAUUUACCACAAAUCAACAUGGCGCAUUAGUCGAAGUGUUUGUUAUGUAUCUGUUGCAGCUCUGCAUGUGUUACAUUUAUUUAGGUUGUUGCCUUUGGUAAAUUGAGCUAUCAGCUGUUUGUCCAUAUAUAAAGAGUGGGAGUAACAUUUCCUUUAAAUACAUCAAAGUAGCACAAUGUAUUAUAUAACACUGCAAUGCGUUUCAGCCUGCAUCCACAUGGCAAAGAUGAGUUUAGCCACAUUUUACUACAUUGUGUGGUUACGUAGCUAUUAUUAAGCUGCUCCAACACUAACAUGUCAAGGAAACAGGGACCUGCAUGUCAAAAGCCACUUUAUUUGAAUUUAGACUAUUAAUGUAUUGUCUGCUAGAGUCACGUCAGGCGUCAGAGCAUGUUGAUACAACUUGAUCUCCGUAAAGAGAUUCAAACCACUGUGGUUUUCAUUAUCACUGUGACGUUGGAGGGGAGGAAACACUCGCCUUGUCCCACAGAUGAUGUGUGGGAUGAAAAUCAGAAGAGCCUAUAGAAGAGAACAAAAAGUGAGAUAUCAUGUUUCCACCUUCAUGCAGAGUUGUUUCACCGUCAUUGUGUUUAUUUCUGCAGAUCCUAAACUCGGCGUAGCUGCUAUAGUUGGUGUUGAUUCUGCUGUUCGGGGGUUAAGUGCCUUGCCAGGGGCACCUCAGCAGUUGCUACAGGCCUUAGAUGCAUCCCUCUGUUUCUUCCUAUUGGUGACUUAUGUCACCUUUCAAUUCAUAUGAUCUGAGAAUCAUCCUACGCCCCUAAAACUGCAGCAGCUCUAUUGUUUCACGCCCUUUAGUUUCCCGACCCUCCUUCUUUCUUUGAUUAUAUGAAAACGUGUUGCUACGCUUGCUUCUGCAUAAGGCCUAGUUGUCUUGCAUACGACCUUUAGUGUUUACAAAAAAACAAAAUGGCUUAAACAACCACGUCUCAGUGCUUCAAUAUAACCAGUGCUGUAUAAUCUGGAGUAGAAUAUAAGUGUAAUAAGACCGCUGUUCUUCAAAGUGUAAACACAUGUCACUUACGUAGCUCUAAUAAAACUUUUAACGUGGGUUCA